AUGGAAGACUGGGAUUCACUUCCUCGGGAGGCCGAAGUCUCCAGAAUUGCGGCUAUCGAAAAGAAGAACGGGAGCAUCCGUGUGAUCGAUGAUCUUAAGCGUAGCGGUGUUAACUCCCGGGUCCAGAUGGAGAAAACCAUCGAACUGCCAGGUGUAAACGAUUCCUUCGAGAAAAUCCGAGUCUCGCAGAGUCCAGCUAUUCUCGGAUUCCAGUGGAACCUCAAGACUGAUACUGUUGGGUCCAUCCUCAGUGAGAGUCUGAAUGGUUCGGCACCCGACAAGGGUCUUUGCUCCUUGGCGAGAAUCCCCGCAAGUUUCCUAUUGGGAUGGGGCGCCAAACUUGGUGGAUACUCGGAGGAGUCGGAUGUCUCGGUUGUCAUUUCCGACUCUUCAACCUCCGCCCUGGGUGGUAUAGUCAUAGGUGAAGGUAAAGCCUACUGGUAUCGCUCGGAUCUAGCGACUCCCGAUGCAUCGAGGAUCAGCAAGUUGGUUGAACCUAUCAACUGGGACAGGUGGGAGUCUGGGGACAUAUGCUCUCUAGAACUAUUAGCCGCCUUAUGCGGCUGUGCAAUCGUCCCUGCUGAUCGUCCGGUCAUCAUUCUCUGUGACAACGCAGCAGCUGUCGCAGCAAUCAACAAGCUCUCUGCGAAGUCAACCCGGAUGAACGAUCUCCUGAAGAGUCUUGCUAGUGCUUGGGGUUACAGCAAAGGUGUCCGAGCUUACCAUUUGUCUACUGACGAGAAUUGGUUAGCUGAUGCAUUAUCCCGGCAGUCCCUUGACGAGAUUCGGAAGUACAUGGUUGGUGCUAGUAUGAGUGAGGUCGACCUAGGCCUUAUUCUAGAUAAAUUGGAAGAGUCUGUCACACAGGUCUCGCCUUAG